UAUUAUACAAAAGUUAGAAAGUAUGAUAGAUCCUAAGUCCUUAUUUCUAGCAGAGAUUACUGAAGAUAUUACUUUUAGAAAUGUUAAACGUUGGACGAUAGAUCAGGUUGCGAAUUGGCUACAAGAAAAUAAUUUUAAAAAAUAUCAAAAACUUUUCGCAAAAAAUAAUAUAAAUGGAGACUUGCUUUUGGAAUUAGAUCAUGAAGCUCUCAGAGAAUUAAAGAUUAGGUCAACUGCUGAUCGU